AUGGCGACGGUGCCAAUGCAGCUUGGUGCCAGCGCGGCUGUAGCCGGACCUGCGCGACUCCAGGGAGGACGUGUGGACCGUCCAUGCCCGCUUGCUGUCAAGAGGACUGCUAGGAAGGAGCGUAUCUGCGUAGUGCGGCGCGCUGCACCGCCGGAGGGCGCGGACAAGGGUGGAGACCAGCCAGCAGCGGCCGGCGGACAGGCCGGCUUGAGCGAGGACGUGCUCGAGAGGCUCCGGAAGGCCGAGGAGGAGGCCUCCAAGCUCCGAGAGGAGCUCGCCGCGGCCCGCGACGCCAACGCAACGGACGCCCCCGCCGCCAAGUCGUCAGAGGACAAGUACAAGACGUACCGCGGGAUUGACGACGCGAGCCUGCGCCGCGAGACGCUGUUCUCGGGGUCCGUGAACGAGGAGAACUGGGUCAGCGAGGGCGAGAACUUCCUCACGGGCGGCAGCCCGGGCGAGGACGCCUCCGGGGGCCUCACCGCCGAGGAGCAGGCCACCGUCAACCGCAGGCUCGCCAUCGGCGUCGUGGGCUCGCUCGUCCUGGGGGGCCUGGCGCUCAUUCCGGACGACGCCAUUCUCGGGGACCCGAAGAAGCCGCUGUACGUCUACCUGGUGCCGCUGGUGCGGAUCGAGGCGCUCCUGAAGGACAUGAAGCCGCUCGUGGAGAACGCGGAGUGGUCGGACGUGUCCCUCGCGGUGAAGCGCGUGAUCGGCGCGCCGAACAACGCGCGCGAGAACCUCAGCAGCGCCGCACGCUACCUGGACGGCCCCCAGAAGACCCGCGCGGUGGACCUGACGUCGUCCUUCAUGGAGUACGUCCAGGCGAUCGACUACAACAAGUACUACGACACCGUCACCACGCCCAAGGGCGGCGAGGAGGCGCAGAAGUUCGUCUCGUUCUCCCUGAAGAGCCUCAGCGCCUCGCAAACCAAGCUGGCCGAGUUCCUGGCCCUGUUCCCGAAGGACCAGGUGAAGCUCGCGCGCGACCAGCUGCCCCCGGAGUAG